UAUUCUUUCGCUGACACUUUGAAUCAAAAUUACGCUUCCGUGUGGUAAAAUGAUAACCGUAUACGUAAUUAGCUUAAAGUCCAGAUUUUAAUUUGUGUGCGAAUACGUAAUCAAUUAAUUGAUUCUAUUUAAAAGAUGUAAAAUCAUCGUCUGUAAAUCAGUUUAUUGUUAUCUUACCUACCGAAAAAAUGCCUCUAAAAGGUAUUAGGGUUUUAGAAUUAGCUGGACUGGCACCAGGCCCUUUUUGUGGGAUGUUGUUAGUUGAUUUUGGUGCAUCGGUCAUUAAAGUAGACAAGGCCAAUGCAGUUCAAAUUAUUCCUGAUUGUCUUGGCCAUGGAAAGAGAUCAAUUGCAUUGAACUUAAAAACCAAGAAGGGUAUUAAAAUAUUCAAAAGAUUGAGUGAUCAAAGUGACGUAGUUAUUGAUCCAUUUAGAGCUGGUGUGAUGGAGAAAAUAAAACUGGGCCCGAAGGAUCUUAUGGAAACAAAUAAGAGACUAAUAUAUGCCAGAUUAACAGGAUUUGGUCAGAAAGGGCCUUAUGCACACAUGGCUGGCCAUGAUAUUAAUUAUUUAGGUUUAUCUGGUAUACUAUCCUUGCUUGGGCGUUAUAAUCAGAAACCAACACCACCAAUCAAUCUGGCUGCUGAUUUCGGUGGUGGUGGGUUAAUGUGCGCUUUUGGAAUACUCUUAGCGCUGUUAGAGCGUAGCAGAAGUAACGCCGGUCAAGUGGUUGAUGCAUCAAUGGUAGAUGGGUCAGCCUAUCUAGGUAGUUGGAUCUUCAGGACCCAAAAUAUACCUGAAUUAUGGGGAAACCCACGUGGUAAAAAUAUAUUGGACACAGGAUCACAUUUUUAUGAUACUUACGAAACAAAAGAUAAACAGUAUAUGUGUCUUGGAGCAAUCGAACCACAGUUCUAUGAGACAUUUUUGGAGAAACUUGGUCUGUCAAUAGACGAAUUAUCACAGUAUGAUAACUUCGAAGAGAAUCGAGCGAAGUUAGAAAAUAUAUUCAAACAAAAAACUCAGGCUGAGUGGUGCACUGUAUUCGAUGGCACGGAUGCAUGCGUGACACCUGUUUUAAAUGUGAAAGAGGUUGCGCUUCACGCGCAUAAUAGAGAAAGAAAAACGUUCACAGUUUCGGAAGACGAUUCGGUCAUUCCAAACCCUGCUCCCCGUUUAUCUCGAACUUCUGGAAAGUCGAAGGGACUUCAGAAGAAUCCUGAACCUGGUGAGCAUACAACAGAGAUUCUUACAGAAUUAAGUUUUAAAUCCAGUGAAAUUACUGACUUAAUAAAAAAUGGAAUUGUUGAGCAAGGAAUAGCACAGUCUAAGCUUUAA